UAUCGCGAGAUUUGGUUGCGAGACCUGCGCAGUCUCUCUGCGCAGUAGGAAAUCUUCCAUUUUUCUAGGAAAGAGACCGACAACGUGUUCCUAAAUUUCUACUAGAUUUUAGCCCACUAUUAACUUGUUUCGGCUGCAUUUAGUUAUAGAAUCAAGGAGAUGGCUCCAUCCAAGACUCGUAAGAGAGCAGCAGACUCCACGACCGAUGAUGUCAUCAAGACAAAGUCCAAGCGAGGACGACCCAGAGCCUCCGAUGUCGCAGAGCCACAGGUGAAGAGGAAACUUGAAGUCCAGCCGUCCUGUCGUACAGUUGAAGGGGUUGUCCUGACCCUGGGCCAGGGGGACACGGGUCAGCUGGGUCUAGGGGAGGACGUCAUGGAGAGGAAAAAGCCUGGGCUGGUGGCUAUCCAGGACAAAGUCAUUGAUGUGUGUGCUGGGGGCAUGCACACUGUAGCACUCACUGUCAAAGGAGAGGUAUGGUCCUGGGGUUGUAAUGACGAGGGAGCGUUGGGAAGAGACACGUCAGAGAUAGGCACUGAGACCGUCCCAGGGAAGGUGGAACUUGGCGCCAAGAUAGCACAGCUGGGCGCUGGAGACUCCCACACCAUCGCACUCACCACAGAUGGCAGGGUAUGGUGCUGGGGAACAUUCAGGGACAACAAUGGUCAGUUUGGCUUGACCAGUGACGGUAAGGUCCAGCCCAGACCAGUAGAGAUCCCCCUCCCAGCACGAGUACUGAAGAUCUCCAGUGGUGUGAGCCAUGUGGCCUGUCUGACAGAGGAUGGAGACCUCUAUACCUUCGGCUGCGGAGAGCAGGGUCAGCUGGGGAGAAUAGCCGAGUGUUUUACGGUCCGAGGGGGCCGCAAGGGACUCAGCCUCCUCGUUGACCCUGCCCUGGUCAGGAUGAAGGGUAAGAGGGGCUCCGGGAAGAGCCACAUGAAGUUUGCCGAUGUCUUCUGUGGGAGCCAUAACACGUUUGCCAUCUCAGACGACCAGGAAGACGUGUACGCUUUCGGACUGAACAAUUACUACCAAAUGGGAUUGGAAGGUGAUACAGCGAGGUAUGUGCCUGAACAUGUGGAGUCACUCUCAGGAAAGAGAUGGACUCAGAUCGAGGCAGGGCAGCAUCACACCGUGGCCUUGUCAGAAGACGGUGAAGUUUAUGUCAUGGGUAGAGGAGAGUAUGGCAGACUGGGUCUGGGUGAAGACAUGGAUAAGGAAGUCACCAAACCUACACAGCUCACAGACCUCAGGAACAUCUGUGGUGUGGCUACUGGCUCAUCGGUGUCAUUCGCUGUCAACAAAAAUGGUGAGGCGUACUCCUGGGGCAUGGGCACCAACCUGCAGCUGGGGCUAAGCGAUGACGAUGACGUCUGGGUGCCAACAAAAAUGUCGGGGAAACAGCUGGAGACCAGAGACGUUGUCCUUGUGUCUGGGGGAGGACAGCACACCGUCAUGCUGGCCAGAGACAAAGACAACAACACAGCUGCCUAGCUGUGCAAUGUUUCGUCAUUUAUAGCUGACACAAUCACAGUUUAAACAUGCUCUCCCACUCAAAAUUAUACCAAGUCUGAAUUUACAACCUUCUUCGGAAUGAAUUUUGUAAAACCUGUGACUGUCUUCAGGAAGACUGAUCAAACUCUUGUCACAUGACUUGAUGGACAUGUGACUGCAGGAAUUGGUCAAAGGUGAAUUGAUGCCUUUGAAAGCUAGUUCAUGGUUGUAAGUGCACAUGUACAGUGUGCUACAUUGUAAGUAAUGCCCUUGGCAAUACAUACAUUUAAGAAAUUGCUUUGGGUCCUCAUUUUUUAUAUAUUUCCCAAAAUGUACCAUACUGCACAUGAGCACUCCAAACAGUGCACAAGCUUUUUGUCCCAGUCACAUUUCUUUUAAGUUUUGGGUCAUUUUUUGAGUCUAGAUUAUUUUUUGUUGGAUAUCAUGUUUAAACUGUCAUCAAAACACUACAGCCAAGCUGGUCUCCAAGGCUGUGUAUUUUUAAUCUUAUCCUGUCCUGUUUUGAUAUGCCAUAUAGGACAUCUUUGUAUAAAUGGUUAAAGUCUUAAUUAGCUUCAUGAAGUAAUGUACAUUAUAGUUGUGUAUGGCAUUGUAUGUAUGUAUGUCAAUAGCGAGAAAGUAUAGGUGCGAUUGUCGUAGAUUUACAUUUGUUUGAAAUGGCCACUAGCUGCCGUUGUAUGAAUGGUUGAGAGGAAACAGCCCAGAAUUAUAGAAAGAAUCGUAUGUGAGCUACUUUGGCACUAGUAAAAGUAAGUCUUUUAACAUUAUUGUCAUCUGCUGCACUAAAAAAACUUGAUGCAAGUGUGCCUUCAAAUGAUCAGUAAAAAACACAACAUGCUGCUCUUGAAUAUUUGUAAAUGUCUUAAGGAUUGACUUCUGGCAGAUUUUAUCAUAACACCACUCAAGACUGCCAGUGUCUGUCUAAGAAAUGGAAAGACGCCUUCUUUAUUUUAUUUCAUCCAUUAUUUACGUAACUGUUGGAGCAAACAUUACUGGAAACUGAUACGUAUUCCAACUUUACUCGGAUUCUCAUUUCUUUCAUUGUUUAUUCACCUUUUAGGGCAUGAAAGUGGCAAAGAUAUUCUUUGUCUGAUUAAGCAUUGACAAGUAAAUUAAUUAACCAUAUUAGACCCAGCUAUUCUGUAAAUGUUAUUCGUGAUAUUUGUUAACUUUUCUGCCUCCGUACUUGUACAGAAGAGUUUGUGUGAAAGAGCAAUACAUGUGCUUAAA